AUGGAUUGGCAUUUGCGUCUGCUUCUUUCUUUGCUUGUGGUGUUUGCUGCUGAAGCCACCACCACAAAGCACAUGAAGGACUUCAUCAGAGCUGUGGAGAGCAUUGAAGCUGUGAAUCCAGGUCUUCAGAUGCUCGAUGUGGUGAAAGGUCUACGUAAGGCUGCUGGCUUUGAAACCGAGCUCAUCAAGCGAUACCUCGGUGACCUCAGUGAUGCACAUGACCUUGUGGCAGAUCCAUCAGUCACUUCAUAUGUAAGCGAGGUCAUUAAUCACAGCCUGUCAGAGUCUGGUAAGGAGAAAGGUGUGGUUCUCACGUUAGAUGGUUCAAAUGUGGCGCUGGCCCCAAUGCUCCUCGGACUUGAGGCUGGGCUGCAGUCCACCAUCCAAGGCCUUUACCCUUUAACCUUGACCCACAACCUGGUCGCCUCAUUUCUACAUCACGUCCACAAUGAGCAAACCACUGUUCCUUUUGGCACUAAAGGGUUCUGGGAUAGCAUUUCAUCCCCAAAGGUCUACGCGCUCUCUGAUUUGCCCUCCUUGGCCACAGACGCUCUAAUAAUCGGAGGUAUAGACGGGUUCAUUCUCGGGUCAGAAGUUUCCACGUCUAACCAUCGUGAGCGAUCACUGAGUGACCUGCUGAAGAGUUACUACAGCCACCAGCCUGACGCAUCGCCCCGUCUGAUCAGUCAGAAACGAAGGAUGAACUUCAAAAAGCUCGUCAGCUUCUCUUUGCUGAAACGCCAGAUGGUCCAGGCUCUAACAGUUCGCCACAACUUAAACGAGUCUGAGAGGAAGAGGCUGGAUGACGUUAUGAACGAAGGGUUUGACCAGUUUGUCCAUGUGUAUGCUGUCUGUCCCAACAUCAUUACAAGGUCUCAAUGGGGAGCUGCAGCUUUCAUUGGUUCACCCUCCUAUCUGUCUCUCCCUGUGCCGUACCUUUUCAUCCACCACACAUAUCAACCCUCCACGCCUUGCACCACCUUUGAUCAAUGUGCCAGUGACAUGCGCUCCAUGCAGCACUACCACCAGCAAACCAAUGGAUGGUAG